GUCCACCUGUGACUCGACAAACUACUGAUUUUGUUUCCCUUUUUCAGACACAUUUUUAUUGACAGUUGACAACAACAAGUGACGUCACUCCAUCGCCUAAAUAUUUGACGUGUUUAUUAAAGUCAAAUCCGGGCGCGUGCUCCUUUUACCGACGUCUGUUUUCAGCGCUUUUGACUGUUGUCGGCUUCCGUCCUCGUUGCCGCGGGUGUGGACAGUCAGUGAAGACAGGAGCGGAGCAGACGCUGCCUCUGAAGUUGGUGAACCCGCAGAAAACGCGUCGUAGUUCCGGUGGUGAAUUGUGGCUGUGAUGCUUUGUCACGAUGGGAAACAUUUUUGGAAAAAAGAAACAAACGCGCGUGACGGAACAGGACAAAGCCAUUUUGCAACUGAAACAACAGAGAGAUAAACUGCGACAAUAUCAGAAGAAGAUCAACAUUCAGCUGAGCAAGGAGAGAGUUUUAGCCAAACAGCUGCUGAAAGAUGGAAAGAAAGAAAAAGCUCUCCUCCUGCUGAAGAAGAAACGUUACCAGGACAAACUCCUGGACAAGACUGAGACCCAGAUUAGUAACCUGGAGCGUCUGGUUCAGGACCUGGAGUUUGCACAGAUUGAAAAGAAAGUUAUCGAUGGUUUGAAGGUUGGAAAUGAAUGUUUGAAGAAGAUGCAUGAGGCGAUGUCCAUUGAAGAAGUCGAGCGUAUCAUGGAUGAAACUCAGGACGCCAUCGAAUAUCAGCGGCAAAUUGACGACAUGCUCGCGGGGUCUCUGUCUCAGGAGGACGAAGACGCUGUCCUGGCCGAGCUGGACGCCAUUACUCAGGGAGACGUGGAUCUUCCUGACGUUCCUGCAGAUGAGCUUCCUGAUGUUCCAGAGCAGAAGCCAGAGAGAGAACGUUCCAGGAAGAAAGCAGAGCUGCUGGCUGUAUGAGAACAUCAGCUCCUCCAUCAGCUCCUCCAUCAGCUCCUCCAUCAGCUGCUCCUCCAUCUGCUCCUCCAUCAGCUGCUCCUCCAUCAGCUGCUCCAUCAGCUGCUCCAUCAGCUGCUCCUCCAUCAGCUCCUCCAUCAGCUCCUCCAUCAGCUCCUCCAUCAGCUCCUCCCCCUCCUCGGCUGCUGCAGACGACUCAUGAAGGACUGAAGUGAACAUGAAUUUUAAUAAAGGCGUAGUUGAGGUUCUGACACACACACACACACACAGUCACACGGUUCUCACACCGUGCUCGACAUCACUGGAAUCAAGGACUUUUCCAGGACCAGUUCCCUUCAAUUCAAGGACCCAAUGUGCUGACACAGCUGAAGAUCGGUCAGAGCUGUGAGCAGCAGGGGGCGCUCACACCACCUGAACUAUCCCUUUAAUGUUCUCUCCAUAUGUUUACCAAGAAAUCAAUGUACACACAUCCACACCACGUCUUUCACACACACACACGCACACACACACACACACAUUCUUUCCUUUUUUUAAAACAUUUGUUUAAAUCUUUAAAUUAAAAAAGUGAGUCGGUGCUGGUUAAAGGCUGCUGUUCACACACUGACCACUGGGUGGCAGCAGGUUCAGACGCUUCAUGGACAUUAACGUUGAUUCUUCUCUUGAUGAAAUGACGUUGAUACGUUUGUGUAAUAAUUGAUCAGUUAUUUUAUGAUCAUUAAACCAUAAAAAUAAAAAAACAUUUAAAAUGACAGUAACAACAAAAUAAAAUGAUGAUGAAUUAUUCACUUCAGUUUUUACUGGUUCUGGUUCUGGUUCCACACGGAACCAGAGCUCCAUCUCCAUCCGUCAGAACCGUGACGCUGUUAUGGCAACUGGGUCUAUUUUAUAUGUGGGCGUGUCCAAAUCCUAUAGGCCUGUGAUAUAAUCUGAGAUUUAAAUCUGGUUUAUGAUUCUGAAUAAAGAACUGAACGUCCA